AUCUGCCUGAUUCACUUCCCUCAAAACACACGGCAGCCAUUCCCAUAGAGAUCUGUUACCAUAGCCACAGGCACACAUUCUGUGGGUAUUGUGUUUACGGUGGGACUCAGGUAUGCCCCCUUGGCAUGAGGGUGUGGGUUUCAAAGGCAGCCAAAUGGAGAGGAAUGGGGUAAGAGUCCACACCUGGACUUGACUGAAUGAAUAGGAGCUAUUAUGGUCAGACUUGUUUAUUUGUUGUGCAGCUGGAUGGCAGAUGUUAUCUGUUUUCAGGAGAACAUUCACCUUCACACAAUGGUGGUCUGCCAAACCAGACCUCAUUCAACCACUCCUUGAAUAAUCCAGUUUAUCCUACUUAAAAUGGAGAGGUGGAGUCUUCAAAGUGAGUUUGAGGUGUCUAACACUGGUGUGUCAGUGUUGUUUCACAACUUUCAUUCUUUUUUGUCUGUCUGAGUUGGAUACAGUCCACUCCCUGCUCUUACGGGAUUUUACGGGAUGAACUUGUUUUUUGAGGGCGACGCUAAACCUAGACUCAUAUUCUGAGAGCCGAGAAACCACAAAUUCUUCUUAGCAGUCUACUUCCAAGAACAGAAACAGUCAAACUCGAUGAUUCUCUCCAAUCUUUCUGGGGUAAUUCCUUUGAGACCUUCCUGAAAUUGUCCAACCAGAUGAUGGGAUAUCCUUAUGGCCACCACUGCUUGUCUUUCUGUUUUCUGAAGAGCUCUGUUUACUUUGAUGAAGCCGACGGACACUCUUAUAUCACUUCCUCUUGUAGUCUAGGUGGAAUGUGGGAAAAGAUUAUUAAGAGGUUUUUUGGGAAAUGACUGCCACAAAUAUCCAUCCAGGAGGUGAACUCCAGUCGGAAGCAAAAGCUCCAAUCGGAAAACACUCGAGACCAAGAAUAGGCAAAGGAUUUGUGGUGGAAAUAUGGUGGAAAUACGGUGGUGCAUGAAUGAAUUCAUUUGGUCAUUUGUCCGUAGGAAGGUGUUGUGCUUCCUGCUUGUAUUUCUCCAGCCCUGCUCUUCCUAAAAGUGUUGGCUGGGAGGAGCUAUGUGGGGAAGAGGGAGGAGGAGAAGUAUUUGAGUUGCCAUCUCAGUCGCGCUCUCACACACAGACUCGCACACACAUUCACUGGAGCGCUGACUCUCUGCUGAGCUCCGUUCUUCAAAAGGCUCUGCAGUUUGAGAGCUUCAUCCUGCUCUUGGAAAACACUUGUCCUGGAAAAGAGUGCAGGAUUUCAAGAAAAAGAGUUUCAGGUUUUCAAGGAGUGUUUUACAAGUCUGAGACAUCUGGAGAUUGAAAGGAAAGGACUGAGCCACCGUUUCACCAGAACUAUUCUGAUAACAUUUCAGCUGCGAAGAGCUCACUUCAGGAUCUGCCCCGUCCUGGUGGGUCACUCAGCCGGACUGAUGUGGAAUGCGACCCUUUAUGACCCCAUCCCAUGGGCCUCUAUUCAAUGAGCCGGACUCGGGAGAGAGCAGAUAAUAGAGGCAAGAGGCCGGCACACAAAAAAGAGUGAAAUAAUAACAGCAGCAGGAGUGUUCAGACUGGUAAGAGAGUUAAAGGGGUCCUUGAAGGUGGGGAAAAAAGAGCUUAAAAUACAAAGGAGAAGGAAUAAAGAGACCUGUGACUACAAAAGUCUUUCUUGGGACGACAUUCAAAAGACAUUCUUGAUUGCAAAGAAAACUUUGACCCUUAGUCUUCAUUUCACCUCUUAAAUUAAUCCCACUGCUACCCAUCAUGCCAGUGGAGACCCUCCGUCCUACAGAUGGCCGUCUUACUGGGGGUCCAUUCACCUCUGCCAUGCCUUUCCGUAUCCUCAAUAAAGGCCCCGACUACUUCCGUAGAGCGCCUGAGACAGGAACACGGAAGCUGAGUGCAGUUGAGCGCCUGGAAGCGGACAAGGCCAAGUACGUAAAGAGUCAACAAGUAGCACUCACUAGACAAGAACCUGUGAAACCCCCAAUCAUCCGCAAACCACUGUUAUCACCAAGCAUGAUGAUGCAAUGCAGAAUAAACACUCCACCAGCGAGGAAGAUUACCCGGCGGCUACUUGAGACAGAGAACGGACCGGACCAUGGCAUGAGCAGAGGACCACAACUCAACCUGGAAGUACUGAAUAAUCUAAUCAAUGUCUGCGAUGGGCCGCUUGCCUCCUCCCCUACCCCUUCCUCUCCUUCUCCUUCAGCCUCCUCUCCCUCUUCUGGGGGUCACAGUGUUGGUAGUGGACAAUCUGCAGAACCUCAGCACUGCAUCAACUUCAAAGCACACCUUGCCUCAACGCCCAACUCCUCUCGCACCUCUUCUCCUCUUAACAAUAAAUCCUCACCUACAGAGCCCAGCCGAAGGCCUCCUCCGGUCCCUGCCAGAGCUCCCAGAUUGGUACCACAAGGUAGUUACGGAACCCCCAACUCUGUAACUGUGCGGCGGGUGGAUGUGCGACCGCAGGCGGAGAGCAGAAAACCUCAGAGAUUGCCUCUACAACCCAAACCUAGACAAACCCAAGUAGCUCAACCACAGAUAGCCCAGCCACAGGCACCUCCCACACCUCCUGCUCAGCAGCAACCUUCGGCAGCACACCCUCCAUCCCCCUGCAUACCCUCCAGCCCACUGUUUCUGCGCCCUGGCAUUCUGCCCCCGGCUUCCCCUGCUUUCACUCGCCUUUCUUCAGCCAGCUCUCGAGGGUCACGUCCAGGUUCAACCCGGAAGCACCCCUCCCUCCAUCGGUCCAAGUCAGACUUGAGCGAUCGCUACUCUCGAGCCACAGCUGACCUGGAGCGCUUCUUCAACUACUGUGGGCUGGACCCAGAUGAGGUGGAAGGAAUGGGUGGCGUGGAGCGUUUCGCACGGGCCAAUUCGGACAUUGUUUCAGUCUCCAAGCUCCGCAGCGUCAGUACUUCUAGCUCAGAGUGCGGGGAAGGACGGCGAGGGGAAGAGGAAGAUGACGAUGACGAUGGGCCCAUCAAGCCUAGUGAGCGGGUUCCUUACGGCAUCUCAGUCAUCGAGAGGAAUGCACGCGUCAUCAAGUGGCUCUACGGUAUCCGACAAGCACGGGAUGCCUCACAAAACAUCUCCAAUGUCUAGGAGCUUCUCUCUGGCUGUCUACCAACCCAGGAGUACCAGACAUAGACAAUAUAAAUGGAACAGACUUGCUGUAGCAUUCAGUUGAUGUUUAUCACACACCGAAUAUUUAUUACGUUCUUGUUUGAAGGCUCUGACAAAUAUUUGUCUUGUUUGUAUUUGCCUUACUAUAAAGAUAAUGUUCAUGAUGUUUGUCACAUAGAAUUUACAUGGACGUCCUGUUGUUUUUUGAGCGUCCGAUGUUCUGCAAGGAUGACGUACCUCCAGAUGCGGAAUACUACAGACUCUCAGCACUGUGACUUUGAUACAUUUUGAUUUAAGCAAUAAGACUAAUGCUAAAGGCACUAAAAGUGAUUGAAUGGAUGAUGAUUUUGAUUAUGAAGGCAGCAGUCGAUCUGCUGUGCUGGUGCUGUUCAGGUACAAAGUCUUUAUUAAACAGCAGUGCUGUGGGACCCGUGGCCUAAGCUAAUUCCUCUAGGAACCAUUGUGUUCAUAGUAUUGGAAAUGAAGCAGGUACUUUCUAGUUUUAGAAAUCUUUGUAUUGGUUGAAGAAUGAUUGAAGAUGUUUAGGAUGCUUGUGUUUAUGAGGUCGUCAUUUGGUGUCGGUUGUAGUAAGACCUCAGGGACGUGUUUAAUAAGGCACACCUAGAUGACACGGCAAAGUCCUACCAGUACACGCAUAUAGAAAUUGAGAUGCACACAAACCCCUGCUCACUGUGCACACACUUUUGCUCCAUAGGUGUCAAAUUCACAAGUGCGUCAGAUGUUUGGUGUAGAUGUUUUUGAAGGCAAGACUAUGAUACUGUGAAGAAUUCAGAGCUUCCACGGAGGCGCUGCUCCUCUGCAAACAUGGCUGGUAGACUGUUAUUGUUCAAUAUAAGUUUAGACGUUCAAAAUAUAAGCAUGUGAGAGCCUCUUGUCAGCAUGCACAUGUGGAAGUACAGCUGUAUUAUGUGGCAAAGCACAGUUGCACGAUGUGCACUCCUCAAACAUGCAUUCCAUGGAUCCAUAUGGACGUACAUUCCAUUCAACUUAACGUUUAUGUAUGAUUUGUGUGGGUUUUGUUUAUUUGUGACUGUUCCUUAUGCUUGUUUCUAUGAUUUGGAGAAGUUAAGUUAUAGACAGUUGUGUAAGACAGGUAAGGUGUGAGAGCUGACAGAACUGAGAGAGAGUGUUUGGCUCAAUACUCUCAGGGGAAUCAAAGCUGUUAAAUCUGUUUACUGCAGAGUUUUCACACUUGUAGUGAAAAAGAAAAGCCUUACAAAGAGCGGGAAAAAAAGUUAUUUUGAUGGAAGUUGUUUGAAUAUGUGCACAUAGACAAGUCAUGAGACCACACAAAUGUUCACGUUUGGUUGAGAGUAUUUAAGAGAAAGUUUUGCUUUAUUAAAAGCACAAUAAUUUUUUUUCUUGACUGUGCAAUCUAAAUAUAGCCAUAAAUGCAUGAAAAUGUAAACUCAAAACAUUUAUUGAUUGAAAUACAUUGCUCUGCCAGCACAUUCAGGAAGAAUACACACAAAGGUACAAACCCUCAAACAGUUCAGCGCAGUAGAUAUUGAAGUAGGAGGGGUAACAUGGUGGAUCUGCUCGUUCUCUGAAGUUUACCAUUGACUCGGAAAGAGUUAAAUGCAAAAUCGGUCUUUUGAAGAUGUCAAUAAAGAGAUGAUGUUUUUGAAAAACAA